AUGCCGCGCGACGGCGACGGCGCGACCGACGGGCGCGCGACGCGCGCGGCGUUCGGGACGUUCCUGCGCGACGCCUCGCGACGGCGCGACGGCGGCGCGACGACGACGACGACGCGGGCGAUGAUGUUUCGACGCGGCGCGCGGACGCGCGCGGUCGCGCUGUGCGUCGUGCUCGCGACGCGGCUCGCGAUGCCGGCGUACGACGCCUCGCGAGGGCUCGCGCGCGCGUCGACGACGCGACGCGACGCGACGCGGCGAGGCGGACUCGCGGACGUCGCGUGCGAGGGCGUGCGCGCGGCGACGUCGUGGGACGGCGAACAUCACGUCGGGAUCGCGGUGCGAGGGUACGAGUUCGAGCAUCAGCACGCGUUUUAUCCGGGGCUCGCGAUGGCGACGCGGGCGACGACGGCCGCGGUGGGACGCGCGGCGAGGCUGGCGGGGGCGAGGACGACGCGGGACGACGCGCGGGAGGAGUGCGCGGCGGGCGCGGCGGCGGUGGCGAUUAACGCGUACGCGUUCGCGCGGAGCGUGGAGGCGAUGUACGCGCUGUCGACGCAGUUGCUGAGGGAUGAGGCGCUGGCGGAAGCCGCGGCGACGCUGUACGCGAUGAAUCCGGCGAAUGUGUUUUACGGAAGCGCGUACGCCGAGGCGGGAUUCGCGUACGCGCAGUUCGCCGCGGGGUCGCUGUUGCAAGAAAAUAAGGUGCUGCACAGCGGCGUGUUGUUCGGCGUCGCGACGAUGUUCCGCUCGAACGGGGUGCUGUGCGUCGUCUUGUUGCUCGGACACGCCGGGCGAGAGAUGUUUCGUUUACUGCGCGACGCGAACGACGAGACGCGCCAUCGUCGCGCGGCGCGACACUUGAAGCGAGCGAUGAUCGCGAUCGCGCUGACCGUCGCGCCGCACUACGCGUUCGCUCAGUUCGGGGACAUGCGAUAUUGCAACGGCGCCGUAUUCGACGGCGCGGAGCGACCGUAUUGUCGCCCAAAGUCGUGGCGCAACCUGUACGGAUACGUUCCGAGCGGGAUGUAUUCUUUCAUUCAGAGGCAUUACUGGAAUCUAGGCUUCAUGUCGUCCUAUCGCGCGCGAAACCUCGGGAACGUCUUGCUCGGCGCGCCCGCCAUCGCGCUCGGGUUUUACCUCACGAAGCGCUUUGCUUGGUCGCGAGACGCGCGCGUCUUCGUCAAGGAGGAGCAGCGCUUCUUCGUCGGCGCGUACUUCGUCAAACUCGGGGUGAUGACCGUCAUAGCGGCGACGUACAUGCACGUGCAAGUCGCCACGCGAUUUUUGAGCACCUCGCCGGCGAUGUAUUGGGGUCUGGCCCACCUCGGUCGCCACAGCAAAGCGUGGAGACGCUUCAUCGCGACGUACCACGUCUCCUACGCCCUCGUCGGCGCCGCGCUCUUCGCCAAUUUCUACCCGUGGACGUGA